GCCCGAGGCAGGGCGACGGGGCUGAGGCCCUACCCCUGGCUUCUCUAGGGUGGAGGCCGGACUCCUGGGUCCUCCUUGCAUCGGCCGCUCGCGCUGCUUCCUCUUCCAGGUCUCCAGGCGCCCUUCCCCGCCCGGCGCCGGCGAUGAGACGCGGCUGCGGGGACGAAGGGGUUAACGCACCCUCCAUGGACCCAGAGCAAGCCUGAGCCCCGGAACCGGGUGCAGCCCCGCCGGCAUCAUGCUGGAGCGAGGGGAGCAAGGGCCUGGGGGUAGGGGGAGAAGCCCGUCUGCCAAGGAGCCAGCCACCAACGGAGGGGCCUCCAGCAAAGCCUCCAAGCCAAAGCGCAGCCCGGCAGCAGCCUCCUCCGAGCGCCCAGGCCCGUCCAGGGCCCGACGCCCGCCGCCACUCCAGCGGCCUCAUCGCUGCCCAGACUGUGACAAGGCCUUCUCGUACCCCUCCAAGCUGGCCACUCACCGCCUGGCCCACGGCGGGGCCCGCCCACACCCCUGCCCCGACUGCGAUAAGGCCUUCUCGUACCCCUCCAAGCUGGCCGCCCACCGCCUCACCCACAGCGGCGCCCGCCCCUUCCCCUGCCCGGACUGCCCCAAGGCCUUUGGCCACCGAUCCAAGCUGGCCGCCCACCGCUGGACCCACUCGCCGGCCCGCCCCUACCCCUGCCCAGACUGCCCCAAGUCCUUCUGCUACCCCUCCAAGCUGGCCGCCCACCGCCACACGCACGCUGGGGGCGCCCGGCCCUACCCCUGCCCGCAGUGCCCCAAGUCCUUCUGCUACCCCUCCAAGCUGGCGGCCCACCAGCGGCGCCAUGCCACCGCC